CAAAGUACCCUCAACCUGUCAAGUAUCUCGUGUGCGUGUUUCUUCUCCUUCUGGUUCGCGCGGGCUGUUCGGGUUUUUUUUAAGUUCUUCGUUGCUGCCCUUUUUUUGUCCUCCCCCUCCUUCGUGAUCUUCCCUGCUCUUUUUGCGUUUUUCCCCCAACUCCCUUCGACAGUUUUUUGGGGUCAAAUGUAAAGGAACAAAUUUGAGGUGAACCGAAUCGAGCGAAGAGAGAAAAAGACCCCGUCAAAGUUCCUGCCAAAAAAGGAUCCACGAUCAGGAUGUCGUCUGGAGACCACCCCGAGGUGGUCCAACACUGAACCAUGCCGGCUGUGCGAUUCGUUCACUGGAAGCUAUGGAUAGAGCUGUUGUUCUGCAACAAAGUCAAGAAUAAAGUGCACUUUUCACGAUGGUGAAGACGACGACUGAAAAAAAUAUCAAGUGCAGUGUGAUUAAAAGUUCCAGAAACAAGUGCUUCUUAUUAUGAUGAUACAAAAGUUCUUAAUAUCUAAAAAGAAAUAUAAUUAGAAUAUCUAACGUUAUCGACAAGUGUACGAAUUGUUGCAUCUUUGCGAGUGUACAAAGUUAUUGCAGUUCAGUUUUUUUUUCCUUUUCUGUUUAUCUUUUUUUCGUUUUAUUUGUUUCCAGUUAUCGACUUCUACAUUCUGGAUCACCACCCAGAGGCUAGAACCGUCAGCCAUUGUAAAAGCAUCCGACCACCCACGACCCACCACCACCUCCGUCACCGUCACCGUUGGCAACGGCGGCGCUCCCGACGGUGGAAGGUGGAGCUAUGUACAUAUCAUGCGGGAGUGUCGAUAGUACAACCCCGAUGGAGCCGGAAUCGGGAUACGUCCCGAACAACCCUCUGUUCGGGGUUCCCCUGGACAGCCCGCAGGAAUGUCCCUCGUCCUGUGGCGGGAGCGGUUGUUCUAGCUGCCAGGAGAGCACAUCUCUGCCGCCGUUGGCCGGCCUGCACGGAUCGGAUUUCGCCGACUGCGGAAACUGUCUCGACCACAACGGUGCGCUCAGCUCCCACACCAACCUAGGCAACUACUGGAGCGAAGAUAUGAGCACAUUCCCUGGACUGCCGCCCUUGGACAUCGAUCCGCUGCCCAGUUUGUUUCCCUUCUCGCCGUGCGGUGCCGCCACCUACAAUCGUCCCGAGCGGCCAACGCACGACGUAGCGGACGUGCUGCUGUCGCUGAAGCACGCCGUCCUCAAGCAGAGCCCCGAUCUGCCCCAGAUGGGCCCGGUGUCGCCGGUGUCCGCCUCGCCCGUAUCGUCGUUUGCCGCCGUCCCCCCGCACCAGGCGUCCCUCUCGUACACGGUCCACCAUCCGCAGAUGCUGCUUUCGCCGGUGGGCCACAACUCGCACUACUCAAGCCAAGCUCAAUCGCAGAACGGAGCCGCAGCGGUCGGAUCUGCGGCCUAUCCGUCCAACUACUACGAAACGUCCUGUGCACAACAUUCCGGCCCGCCGCUCUAUCCGAGCAUGAGCGUCAACGUGAGCAUGAACAUGACGAUGCACGGGUACGGGGCGGCCACGGCGGCCGAUGGGACGCCAAUGCCGAUGCAGUGCUCCCAGAUGCAGUGGGGACCGCAGACGCCGUCCUCGUCGGUGAACGUGCUGUAUCCGCCACUGUUGAGUCCCGUUCCGUACCAUCAUCCGGCGGCAGGUGCUACCUACUCGUUCACCGCCGACUUUAGGCCACAAAAUCAAACGCAAAAUCUUUCCCCGGUGUUGGAGUCGUCCAAGGGUUCAUCGGGGUUGCACCACCUUCACCAGAAAACUCCUUCCUCGUACUACCAUCAUCAGCAGCAGCAGCAGCACCAGCAACAGCUGUCGAGUAGUGCCGACUAUUCUCCACCAAAGAGUCCCCAGGAGUACGAACAAACCGACUUCCAGCUCAAGAUGAAGUCGGAGAAAGCGCUGGGAAUCAACUUCGAAGACGAAGAAGACGGCAGCAUCAGCGACGCCGGCAGUGGCCAACCCGGCGACAACAAGCCGAACCUGUGCCGUCUCUGCGGCAAAACUUACGCCCGUCCGAGCACACUGAAAACGCACCUGCGAACGCACUCCGGUGAGCGGCCCUAUCGCUGUUCCGACUGCAGCAAAAGUUUCAGCCAGGCCGCAAACCUGGCCGCACACAUCCGUACCCACACGGGCCAAAAACCGUUCCGUUGUCCAAUCUGCGACCGGCGCUUCUCGCAGAGCUCCAGCGUGACCACGCACAUGCGAACGCACUCCGGAGAACGCCCGUACCGAUGCCGGGCCUGCAAGAAGGCGUUCAGCGAUAGCUCAACCCUCACGAAACAUCUGAGGAUCCACAGCGGGGAAAAACCGUACCAAUGCAAGCUGUGCCUGUUGAGGUUCUCCCAGUCCGGCAACCUGAACCGCCACAUGCGCGUCCAUGGAACCAACGGCCAAGCGCUGAUGACAUGACAGCAAAAACAAACGCAGCAAUCUCUACAUCCUCCACCAGCCGGUCAUCCACCUCCAAGCUCCGCCUUCGCCCUGACGAGCUCCGCGUACCAACCGUACCGAACUGCUGCCGCAUCCUCCUCGGCAGCAUCGCUGAUGGCCUCGACGGCCAGCAACGCGUCCGCUUCGUUAGGACAAAUGUCCUCGAGCUACCUGUCUGGUGGCGGCGCCGGUGGCAGCAGCAGCGGAAGUAGCGUGACCGCCAACUCCUACAACGGGUUCCGAUUUGCGCCGUCCCACCACCUUCCCCACCCCCAUCAUCACCAUCAUCAUCAGCUGUCCUACAUCGAAGAGUACCAUCACUAUCAUCAACAACAGCGCAACAAGUACGACGACAUUAGCCUGUUUAGGAACAACUUUGUAAAUAUAUUUUAAAA